AUGAGCUCCAGGCACCCACAGCUUCACCUCAUCCUGCUACUGCUUGCAUACUACUGCUCCACCCACACCGCUGCCAGUGGUGGCAAUGGAACCACAAUCCAGUGCCUCCCUGAUCAGGCUUCAUCUCUACUCCAGAUGAAGCGCUCCUUCUUCCACAACCCCAACCUCUCGUCAUGGCAGCAUGGCACAGACUGUUGCCACUGGGAGGGUGUUGGCUGCGACAGGGCCUCUGGUCAGGUGAUCACUUUGGACCUCAGUGAUCGUAACCUGCGGAGCACCAGUGGUCUCAGCCCAGCACUAUUCAACCUCACCUCCCUCACAAAUCUCAGCCUCUCUGGUAACGACUUUGGCCUGACCAGCCUUCCUAGUUUUGGGUUUGAGCGGCUGAUCGAGCUCGUCAGUCUCAAUUUGUCUGAUGCGUGUUUUGCUGGUCAGAUAGCCAUUGGAAUUUCCCACCUCAAGAAUUUGCGUUCGCUUGAUCUUUCCUAUAAUACUGAUUUGUAUCUUCAAGACCCAAGUUUCCAAACCCUCGUAGCAAACCUGAGCAAUCUGAGAGAGCUUUAUCUUGAUAGAGUGAGCAUCUUAAGUGGCGAAGCAAAUUGGUCCGUUGCUUUAGCAGACUCUGUUCCGCUACUACAGAAUAUUAGUUUGUCUACGUGUGAACUAAGUAGUCCGAUCCACCAUUCAUUCUCCCAACUCCGUUUUCUAACAACGAUCAACCUCGCAGAUAAUGAAAUUUCUGGUCAGGUUCCUGGGUUCUUUGCAAAAUUCUCUUUCUUACCGAAAAAGGGUUUCCCCCCGCUUUAUAAAUAA